AUGUCACAAUCAUUAAAACCAUACUUGACCGCUGUUAGAUCCUCACUUACCGCCGCCAUAUGUUUACAAGACUUUUCAUCACAAUUAGUAGAACGCCACAACAGACCCGAAAUAGAAGUUACCCGUGUUCACGAUGCCGAGCUUAUUCUCAACCCCAUGCACAUUGCUCGUAAUGAAAAUGAAAAGAUUUUGAUCGAGCCAAGUAUAAAUUCAGUCCGAGUAUCAAUUAAAAUAAAGCAAGCUGAUGAAAUUGAACAGAUUCUUGUGCAUAAGUUCACUCGAUUUUUGACUUCGAGAGCAGAGAAUUUCUUCAUUUUAAGAAGAGUUCCGAUUAAAGGUUACGAUAUUAGUUUCUUGAUCACCAAUUUCCAUACUGAACAAAUGCUAAAAGAUAAAUUAGUUGACUUUAUAAUUGAAUUUAUGGAAGACGUCGAUAAGGAGAUCAGUGAGAUGAAAUUAUUCUUAAACGCCAGAGCUAGAGUUGUUGCCGAAUCAUUUUUAAUUCCUUUCGACUAG